CAAUGGCACAUGUCGAGCCGGAAACACUGAUAAAGGAUUUCGUUGUAAAUGUCCUUUAGGAUUCACUGGUGCAUACUGCGAGAAAGCCUGCAGCCUUGACUUUGAAGAUGGAAUCGGUGGUUGGGAAAUGACAGGCAGAGCUUUCAUUUACCAGCCGACAUUCGGUGACAAUCCAGCAGCUCGCCGAAGAGAAAGCGCCAAUCUACAAGGGGACUGGUGGAUAGGGGGAGCUGAGAAACGGCCCAGUGAGAGCGAUCCCGCAGGAGGGCAGCAUCCAGAUGGAGCCGACGUACCCCACGGAACUCUCACCUCACCUUGUUUUCGUAUCGUUGGCAAGAAUAUCUCGUUUCUCAUUGGAGGGGGAUGUACCGUAAAUGAAGUUUAUGCGGAGCUUAUUGUCAACAACCAGGUCGUCAGAAAGGAGACAGGAAACUGCUGGGAGACAAUGUACCGUAAGAGCUGGGAGCUGGGACGUAGAGGAGUUUAUUGGUCAAUACGCCCAAGUCAGACUUGUAGAUGAGAGUUCUGGUAGUUGGGGUCACAUCAACUUUGAUGACCUUAAAGGAGAUAUCAUUUGUCCUCACUAUUAAAAAGAGAAAACUGAAGAGAAAGCGGAUUUAAAAACUAACUUAUCAGGUCAAGUCACCUUGAAAGUAUGGUGAAACAGCUUUUGACGUAGCAUAGUAUUUUCUUUGUGCUAUCGCAGAUGAGCACAAUCACUGUGUUUUUUUUUUUUUUUUCGAAAAUCCGAAUAUGAAACAGUUUUAUGCACGUGACUGAGAAGGCCUUAAUCAUAUAAUACAAUCGUUAGGUCGGUUUAAUGCGAUGAUGAGGACAGUCGAUUGCUUUAGAUGCUAGCAAUCGCAUCAUAUUUACUUUUCUUUUAUUUGCUUUACAAAAUCCAUAUCUGUAAAAACUGCU